AUGUCUUCUGCUCUUAACUUGCCACCAGGAUUUGCAUUCACGCAGACUGUUCACACUGCCCCGUAUCCUGCCAUCUCGCCAUCACGACCCGAGCUUUCCCAGGUGGGGAAGACAGUACUUAUCACCGGUGGCCACACGGGUAUCGGCUUCGCUAUUGCACAAGCCUUCGCCGAGGCCGGUGCAGAAAGGCUUAUCAUCAUUGGACGACGUGACGAGUUGGUCUCGUCUGCCGUGAAGCGCAUUGAGUCUGAGUUUCCCUCGACUCAGGCUCUAGGGCGCAGAUGCGACGUGGCGGAUUUGGACUCGGUCAAUGCACUGUGGACGAACUUGGCAAAUGGAGGCAUCUUGGUCGAUAUCGUUGUCCUUAAUGCUGCUAAGCUCUCAGCGCAGCCUAUUCUCGACCUGGGAACGGACGCUGUGUGGGACGAGUACAUUAUGAAUGUGCGGACGCACCUGGACUUUACACAGCGGUUGUACAAGCAGCCAGGGGCUGAAGAUCGCCGAAAGGUGCUCAUCAACUUGACUUCCUUGGCGAUACACGAGGCUCAACUCACUGGUCAGUACCCCAGUUACGGCGCCACGAAGAGCGCGGGGACAAUGCUACUACAGCAGAUCGCCAAGGAUGUGCCUGCCGAAAAGCUGCAGAUAGUGAGUUACCACCCUGGUGGUAUCUUCACAGAACUGGCAGAGCAGGCGGGUUUCAAUAGGGAUGACCCGCGAUGGGAUGAUGAGAAUCUGCCUGGACAAUUUGCUGUUUGGGCUGCCUCACCGGAGGCAAGGUUCCUACAUGGGAGGUUCGUCUGGGCUAAGUGGGACGUGACCGAACUACUCGAGGGCCCGCUAAGGAAGCGGAUUGACGAAGAUAACUCUUUCCUUAAGGUGGGGGUUGUGGGGAUCGAAGAGUGGGAGUCGACCCAGAGAACUCUCUAA